AUUAGUAUUCGUGAAGCCGCUCCAGCAAGACCGUUGUUUGAAACGAAAACCAAAGAAGCGAAAAGUCACACACAAAAGUCAAAACUUGUUUUCAUCGCGCUCGCUCGUCUCCACUUUCCGUCCGUCGUGUUUCGGGUUUGUCGCUCCCGUCCGUCGUAUUUCUUGUCCGCACCCUCUCGCGGGGCAUUCUUCCAUCGGUCGCUUCAAAUGAAAAUUACGCGUUCGCAGGAGAAGACGUCGCCUCUUCGUUAUCGCCCAGUGCAGUUCUUGUAAUCCGUCGGGCCGCGUUCGUUCCAUUCGUUGUUUGUUCCGAAAGUGUUUGUGGGGAAGAUUCUUCGAGCUGGCAGCAGAUCAUCCGGAAGUUAUUUCGUGUAAAACGGCGUUCGUUGCCGAAAAAAGUGUUCUGCCUUCCUCCAACAAGAAAGGAAAUCCACAGUCAGUGAAAAUCUCAAGGGCGUAGCUUACCAACGCUUUGCCUAGCAGUAGUUGGCUGGUGACGAAAGCGAAAGUGCGUUUCUCCUUCGUCUAGUUCCAGUGGCCCUGCAGCAGGAGCUGUGCGUGUGUUAUCGAACGAUGGCACAGGAAGUGUGGUGAAAAUGAAUUAAUUGCAUAUAAAAUACGCGACGGGAAUUUGCAUACCGCAUACAAAUUGUGAGUGGAAAGAAAAAGUUGAAGCCCUCGAAGGCAAAUGGUUUUGUAGAGUUACAUUGCUUGGUGAUGAUAAGAGUGAUAACCCAGUGACGACGACGUGGCGCGAAUUCGACGUAGAUGGUGCUCACAUCCGCGUGAAACGAGACGAGAAGAAACAUCUGUGUGAUUCUGUUAUAUUUUCGGUCAUUGCCGAAGCUUUGGGUGAAUCGAUACGUGGCGAGGAAAGGAAGGCAGGCACCCACGAGGCAUAAACAAAAUUACUCGACAUUUGCACUGAUAGACAAAGGUUCUGAACGCGCGCCAGAACCAUCAGUUUCAUUUGCCAACCUGUCAAAAUCCGCAGCAGCUAAGGCGAGCUACGAUGGAGGCUUUUCAGCAGAAAAACAGCAAUAACAAUCUGCCCGUGAAAUUUUCAGGCGAGUUUGAGGAGGUUUCCGAGGACGAAAUCAUCAAAACCACUCUCGAUCCGGACAAUUACGAGGAACAGCUAAAGAUGAUGGAGCCCGACGAGAAUGCCAUCCGAAAGGAAUUCAAACGACGGAAGUUUAUCGAAUUCAUCGGAACCGACAAGCAUGGUCAGCCCAUUAUUGCCAUCUAUGCGUGCAGCUUGCCGGAAAGGAAAGACCUCAACACAAAUAUCUUUAUUGAUUUUAUCAUCAAAUCAAUGGAAGAGUUCGUCCAGAACGACUACAUCAUCGCUUACUUCCAUCAGGGUAUGAAGGAUAACAGCAAACCGUCCUUGCAGUUUCUGUGGAACUCUUACAAAGAACUGGAUCGUAGUUUUAAGAAGAAUCUGAAAAAGUUAUACGUGGUGCACCCAACGACCUUCAUCAAAAUGGUGUGGUUUUUCUUCAAGCCGGUCAUCAGUGAAAAGUUCAAGAGCAAACUGAUCUACACCUCGAGCUUGGACGAACUGAAGCAGUCAUUAGGAUUGAAUACGCUUAAAGUGCCGGACACUGUCAGAGAGUUCGAUGAGAAGAUCAACAACAGCUCGCGAUAUCUGCGUGGCAGUAAAUCUAGUCUCAAGAGCAGCCGCUCGAUGGAACACAUUCCCCCGACGACGCAGUUCGGUGUAUCGCUCAAGUUCAUCAUCGAGAACAGUGCCUGCCUCAAUUGCAUUCCACCGAUCGUGCGCAAAUGCGUCGAUCACCUAUCGCUUUCCGACGUGAUCGAUACCGAGGGUAUCUUCCGACGAUCAGGGAACUACACUCGGAUAAAGGAACUGCGGGAGAAACUGAACCAGGGCGAAGAGGUGAACCUAUCGAACGAAGACACGCACGUGGUGGCAGCCCUGCUGAAAGCGUUCCUCAGAGAGCUGGAAGAACCGCUGCUAACCUACGAACUGUACGACGACAUUGUGCAGUUCGCCGAGUGGACCACCGAAGAGCAGCGAUCGCGGAACGUCAAGCAGAUCCUUCGGGAAAAGCUCCCGGAGGAGAACUACGAGCUGUUCAAGUACAUCGUCGAGUUUCUCGGUAAGAUCAUGGAGCGAAAAGAUUUCAACAAGAUGACCUCGUCCAACCUGGCUAUUGUGUUCGGGCCAAACCUGAUCUGGCCCAAGCAAGCCCAGAUGUCACUGGACGAGAUCGGGCCCAUUAACGCUUUUAUCGAUUACGUGCUGCAAAACCAGGACGAUAUCUACUUCGUGGAUAUCAAUAAAAAGGAUGGCGGUUACGAUUAACAGCGGUUGAUCUAAAAUAGGAGUUUAGCGUUAGGAUCUUUUUCGUUGGAUGAGAUGAAUGCGUUUAAAAAUGUACCUACCUUUUAGUGAGUGGAAUUUGUUUUGAGUUUAUGUCUGUCUAACGGUUAAGUUCAAUGAAAUAUCGUACCUCCUGAGUUGUAUAUGUAUGUAAUAUGGUGUAACUAAAUCAGAACAUUCUUAAACUACAGUGUGAUACGGGAAUUGCGAUGAGUUUGUAGAUAUUUGCACGAAAGCGAACCGGUUUUAAACAGAGAUAGCGAAAGUUGCAAUUGCAGCGCAUAAAGCACACAAUUAUAGUCAUUAUUAUUACGGUAAGAGUUGUUGGUUAUCGUUCUUUGAAUAAUUUAUAACGAAAUAUCGAUUGUUUACGUUGUCUAGACAAAGGAAAAUACAAGCACACAAAUUACGGAUCGAAACCAAAGACGAACGGAUGUAAAUAUUCAAAACACAGAUUUUAAACAAGAUUCAUUGAACAGGACACGACAGUUACGCAGUAGCAGCCCGUUAGAGUGCAGAAUUUCCGGUGUGCCAACACAUUUUCUCACAAUCCAAACCAUAGACCCCCAUUUCAAAUUUUCCAGUAUAACGUAACAGUCUGACCCAAAUAUCAAUAACACAAUCCACUCUUAAUCUCCAAAUACUUUUAGCAGUUAGAUCUUUUAGAAUGGACCAGCUGCAGUAGAACCCUUUAAGGCUCACGUUAGCUCUGGGCAGAACAAUUUUAACGAAUAUUAUAGGCGCUCCAUUGUAUAAGUCUGAUGCUGAUAAUGAUUGCCAUGAGGUCGAAUAGGGAAAGGGUGUCGGCCAUUAGGGGAUAGGGAAAACGGUCUGCGAACCUAACUUUCAAUUAUAAUGUAGAAUAGUCAUCAGAAGGGUUACACUGUUCUCUUGUGGUGGAUCCGAGUUGUAUAGGCGAACCGUGUCGUUGAAGUCUAUUAGUUCCAAGCAUAUAUGUAAGUUUAAGGAAAAAGAAAUCACUUAAAAAUAACAGAAGAAUGUAGAAAAUGAAAAACGGUGUACAUAAUCCAUAUCGUUGAGUGAAGCACACUCACACGCAAUCCACAUAGAGGCGAGAUGGUGUUAAAAUAUACAAUCAUCUGACUCACAUGA